CUCUGACAGAUCUCUUAGCAGCUGCUCAUGUGUGCCGUAAAGCAAGACAGUCCGGUAACUUGUACGUCAUGAGCAACAAGCUAACGUUAGCUCGUCAAAUAAGUAAUUAAAAAAGAUACUGAAGCGUACCUUACACCUUUUUUGUGUAGUUAAUAAGAUACCCUAAAUUAGCUACCUCUAUAUAAGUCGUCAGGUUGGUUUGAGUAGAGCUAACCUUCGCUGCUUCACACUAUGGAUAUUUUACGUCCACCUCUCAUAAAUAUAGGUGGAAGAAUAUACAGAAGGAAUAUCACUAAGGAAGAACAUUAUGAGGAGGAAGAAGACUUCUCUUACAUGGGACCACCUGAGAGUGAAGACCUCGCAGAGGAUGAAUCCUGUGAUACCCACUUAAUUGAACAGACUGAAAAGGGGUGCCGCUGUGCCAUUGAUGUCCCAAGUGUGCUUUACAAAUACAUCAUUGGGAAGAAAGGAGAGACACGCAGACGCCUGGAGUUUGACACAAAGACGUCCAUCAACAUCCCAAAGCCGGGAGUGGAAGGACAGAUUGUUAUCACAGGUCCACAUAAAGCUGCAGUCUCGUCUGCAGUCACACGAGUCGAGGUCCUUGUGGAAAGCUUCCGGAAAAAGCAGCCGUUUACACACUUCCUAUCGUUCCCUCUGAAAGAUCCAAAAGUUCAAGAAGGAUUCCUGACGUUUAAAGAGGAGGUGUUAAAACAGUGUGCAGAGGAUCAUGGAGUAGAUCAAAGCAUCUUUCAGAACCCUGCAAAGCUUCACCUGACGAUUGGCACCCUGGCUCUGUUGAAUGACAUGGAAGUGAGAAAAGCAUGUGAGCACCUUCAAGAGUGUCAAAACUUCAUCAGAGACAUCACAGAAGGGAAACCUCUGCCGUUGGAAGUGAAGGGGAUCGAGUACAUGAACGAUGACCCAGCAAUGGUGGAUGUCUUGUAUGCCAAAGUCAACGCGAAAGACAAAUCUGACAAAUUGCAGGUGAUUGCAGACAGGCUGGUUGAGCACUUUGUCUCGGCAGGUCUGAUGGUCCGAGAGUGGGACAGGGUGAAGCUGCAUGGCACUGUGAUGAACACUCUUUUCAGAAAGGACUCUACAGUGGAAGACGCGGGUGGAACAGGAAGGCAAACCGUGGGUGAAAGGGAGGCUUUUGAUGCCAGAAAUGUGCUGAAGAAAUUUGGAACGUAUCAUUUUGGUGACUUUGAGCUGAACACCAUCCUGCUGUCUCAGAGGUAUUCCACUGACUGUACGGGCUACUACUCGUCUGCAGGGAGCAUAACCCUCUCCUGAGCUUGGACUGAGUGGACUACAAGGUCAACGUUGGACAUGGCAACAGGAUGGAAAGUCCUCUGGCUGGUGCGAUCAUGAAGAAACUCCCAAAUGACAGAACGGCACUUGGCAAUGAAGUCUCAGUUGGAUAAUGAACAUGAAAGAACUCACAGUUGUUCAGAUUGUUGCAUCUUUGCUUUGUUGAAAUCAGUUAGAAAAUGAACAUUUGAUCAGGUUGUGUUUUCCUUCACGGUCACAGGAGUUUAUACAUUUUAACAAUCUGUUAAAAUCUGUGAGGAAUAAAUGAAUGUGCAAAGCAUCCAA